AAGGUAGCCCUAAUGUUUGAAUGUCAGUCAACUCUUGCAGUUCGCUCAGAUUUGUGAUCCUGAAGUAAUCAGUUCAACAUGUUUCGUGUGGUGGUGUUAUUUGCAUCUCUCGCCCUGUGUCAUGGGCACGCAGUACCCGUGGUGGCGCACCACGCUGCUGUAGUGGCGCCGGUGGUGGCUGGCUACGCUGGUCACGGCUAUGGUGGCCAUGGAUUUGGAGGAUACGGCUACGGAGGACUUGGCCAUGCUGGUAUUGGUCAUGCUGGUCUUGGUUUCGGAGGACUUGGCCACGGAGGACUAGGUCAUGGAGGACUUGGCCACGGAGGACUCGGCCAUGGAGGACUUGGUUUUGGAGGCUUAGGUGGUCUCGGAGGCCAUGGAUUGUUGGUCAAGGGAGUGGGACAUCAUAUCCACAAGCGUUCACCUCAUCUCGUCGCUCCGGUUGCGCACGUCGCCCACGUAGCUGCUGUAGCCCCGGUGGCUCAUGUGGCUCAUGUUGCGCCGGUGGCUCACGUUGCGCCGGUGGCUGUGUCUCACCAGUCUCGCUUCGACGUGCAUUCAUCUCCUGCUGUGGUGGCUACCUCAGUAGUGCAGCCCGUUGUAGCCGCCCCCGUGGUGGCAGCUGCCCCCGUAGGACUCCACUUGGGAGGUAUCGGCGGAGGCCUGGGAGCUGGUCUCGGAGGCGGUUUCCACGGUGGUUUCGGAGGCGGACACUACGGACAUGGCUAUGGCUAUGGACACCACUAGUCGCGAUAUAUUUAAAAGAAAAUGAUUGGUUUUGUAAAUUAGGUAUGAAAAUGUAUUGUGUAGCUAUAAAUCUGCAAAUAAAGAUGUGAUAUUAA